AUGAACACGUUCCGUGCAACCUUAUCAGACCUCGUUGCUACAAUCAAAGCACAAAAUACGCGAUUAGACAGCCUGGAGACAAGAAUAGAUUCUCUUGAAGAAAAAGUGAAAGAAUCUAAAACCCAGGACUUUCAAGCGAUGCAGGAUACUAUUUUGCGGCUACAACUUGAGAUACAGGAACGUGAUCAAGAAGCCCUGGCGAAUGAUAUAGAGAUUUCAAAUCUCCCUGAAUCGACAAAUGAGAAUGCCAUCCACAUCCUUCUCACUGUAGCGAAAAAACUAGGAGUAGAUCUGGACGAGCGGGACGUGGUGCAUGUGGAGCGUGCGGGACCAGUGCACGCACACUUAGAGGGCAAAACGUCGCCACGCCCGCGUGCGCUGGUCGCCCGCUUAUCUAGACGCGCACUGCGGGAUUCACUGCUGCGGGCAGCACGCGUUCGCCGUGGUCUUACAACGGAGGGAAUUACUUCUAUAGUACCACUGGAAGCGUUAAAGAUGGUGGGCUUCCAGUACCUUCCAUCCGUGGACCUUCCCCAGCCAGCUCGUAUUCACGCAACGGCAUUCCAGACCCGAAGCUGCCGCCUAUUAGCAUACGUAUACGAACGAGACCGCACGCAACACAAUGGCUCAAUAACAGCGCUUGAAGCGUUCCACGUUCGUAUCCCGCGCAAUGUCGAAAGUGACGCGCAUCACGUUGGAAUUGACGGUAGUUCGGGCACCGACGGUACGGUUACCGCAGCG